GUUUGAAACAAUUUUUGCAUGCUAAUUGACUACAACUACCUCAUAUCACGAUGGUCAAAGUAAAUGCGGCAGAGAUGGAUCUGAAACCAAAAUCGGCCCCUACAGUGGGUGGUUUUGUGUAUGUGUUGGCAUUUGCAGCUGUUAUGGGUGGAUUUCUUUUCGGAUAUAACACCGGUGUGAUCUCCGCUGUAAUGUUGUUCCUGCCGCGAAAUGUACAUCUUGCACCUCUCAAUGCAUUGUGGAUACAGAUCAUAACCAGCAUGACUAGUGCACUUGCAAUCGUCGGUGCUCUGCUGUCCGCAAAAGGAUCAGAUUCUUUUGGCCGAAAAAAGACUAUAAUCGCAGCCAGCAUUCUUUUCAUUAUCGGAUCGGUAGGAUCAGCAUUAUCAUGGCACAAAAUCACCCUUCUUAUAGCUCAAGCCAUUCUUGGUGUGGCAAUAGGUCUUGCUUCGAUGGUUGUGCCUGUAUACAUUGGAGAAGCUUCACCAUCACAUAUUCGUGGUCGCCUUGUCACUGGAUUCCAGUUGAUGAUUACUGUAGGACUUGUGAUAGCUAACAUAGUUGGAGGAGGGUUCAGCUACGUCGAUCCUGUGAACGUCGGCUGGAGGUUGAUGUUCGGUUGUGCAGCAAUACCAGCCGUAUUCCAGCUUGUUUCAUUCUUCUUCUUACCUGAAAGUCCAAGAUGGCUUUACGACCACUGCAGACAAAUCGAAACGGAAGAGGUUCUGAGAAAAAUCUACGGUGGUGAUGAAGAAUGGGUCAAGUACGAGAUGUCAGAGAUCAAGAAAGGAUAUGACCAAGAGCAAGCAAACAAGAGCGAUUCUCCGGUCAUUUGGCGUAUACUUCGAACUCCUCAUGUUCGUAAAGCUCUCUUCGUUGGAAGCAUGCUUCAGUGCUUCCAGCAACUUUCAGGAAUCAAUACCAUCAUGUAUUAUACAGGCCAUAUUAUUCGAAGUUCAGGCGUGAAAGACGAACAUACCACAAUUUGGAUCUCUGUUGGAACAGCAGCUGUCAACUUCCUUGGCACCUUCAUCCCGAUGGCUUUGAUUGAACGUAUGGGCCGAAGGGCAUUGUUCCUUCUUUCAGUCGCUGGCGUCCUUAUUGCGCUAUUAGCCAUGGGUACCACCUUUGUGUUUAUAAAUAAAAAUUCUGCUGUAUCGCUCCAAGAUGAAAGCUUCUUGAACGGCACAGUGGAUGAGAUUCAGCGCCGAUGUAUGGCGAUCAGCAAUUGCGACAGCUGUACACUCACUGAUGAGUGUGGUUUUUGCCAAAAAACAGGUACCAACGAGGGAUACUGUAUGAAGACGGGCAGUGUAGACUCUGGUUCAUUGGCUGCAUAUGGGCAAUGUAGUGUUCCCGAGCCCGUGGGAUAUGAAUGGGAUGACCAUUCGUGCAAAACGAAGCUAACCAUUGUCUUCAUCAUUCUUAUGCUAUUCUACCUCCUUGCUUUCUCUAGCGGGUACGCGCCGCUUCCUUGGGUGGUGAAUGCCGAGUUCUAUCCGCUUUGGGCAAGAAGUACAUGCGUAUCCAUCUCAACCAUGACUAACUGGAUAGUAAACUUGUUAAUUUCACUGACAUUCAUCAGUUUGAGCCAGGGUCUGCAGAAAUACGGUGCCUACUUCCUUUAUGCGGCAUUUACCCUUGUUGCAUGGUUAUUCAUCUACUUCCUCCUGCCAGAAACGCGCGGAUACUCCAUCGAAGAAGUUGAAAGGCUCUUCAUGAGCAAAGAAGAAAGAGAGCGUACCGGCUCUAAAAAGAGUACUAUUGACAAGAUCAAGCCUGCUGGAGUCACCGUAGUACAAUUGAACUAGGUAAAGAUAGUGAUAUUAAUAACAUAGGUAAUGCUCAUGUGAAUGUAAAAAGAAUUUUUUUUAUUGAAAAUAUCAACCAGACAUCAAUGAUCUGCCUUUUUUAUUACCGCAUAUCUUGCUUCACUGAUACCUUGUUAAAAGAUAAAUCUGUAUGAAUCUCACAAUACUGAAAGUAACCCGAUUGACUAAGAGCUUUAUUAAAGUAGUUUUCAAAAAGAGGACAGAUCUAAAUUUAUGAGUAUAUUGAUAAAUUAGAGUUUGAGAUAUUUCCAUGUUAAUUUAUUAUUGUGUAUUGUUUCAACAUUUUGUCGUGUAUAUAAAAUUGAACAUCGUGUA